AUGGCCAGUCUCGCAAGUUCCGUGGUCGCGGCCGCGAGCCCUGUAGCCGACCCAGCGACGUCGCCAGCUGCCACUCGAGCCUCUGUAGCGGCCACGACGCCGACCGCCGCAACUUCUCCCACGACGACAUCGGACACUUCGUCGUCUAGUACGUCGACGACUUCAUCCACGACGGAACCAACGUCAACAACGUCAGCAACGUCGGCGACGUCGGCGACGUCGACAUCGUCCACGUCUACAUCGGCUACGUCCUCCAGCUCGAGCAGUUCUACUGAACAACCGACCACUUCUUCGCAACACACCACUUCGACCGAACCGUCGACGACAGUUGCACCGGUGGUUACGACUAUCGUCAGCACCCAAACGGCAGGUACUGGUGGCGCCACGACUAUUGUCAUCACAUCGACCGCUUCAUCACCGACGCAAGGCCAAGCAACAGGUACCUCAACGGGGACCGCUGCUGGAUCGUCUUCCACUGGGUCGGGAGCGACAAUCUCGGGUAAACAUUCGGGUGGACUUUCUCCGGGGGGCACUAUCGCAGUGGCAGUCGUCGUACCGGUCGCUUCGGUUGCGUUGAUCAUCCUAGGUCUGCUUUUCCUGUGGAGGAAGCGAAAGGCAAGGAAGCAGGCCGAAGAGGAGAGGAGGAAAGAGGUAGAAGAAUAUGGCUUCAAUCCCAACAACGACCCGAGUCUGCCUCCCAUGGGUAUGGCUCCCAAUUAUGGAGAGGAGGACACUUCCGGAUAUCGAGGAUGGGGAACGACGUCUAAUGCCCGCAAGGCAUCCACGAAUCUUUCCAGUGGCGCAGGUAUAGGAAUGGCCAUGUCGGAUGGUGAUAAUGGAACCGGAUAUCAGCACGCUGCCACCCCGAGCGACGGAACAAUCCAGUACUCGGAGGGUAGGCCGCACUCGGAUGACUCUGUGGCUGCCCUGGGUGCAGUUCCUGCUUCCAAUAACCGCAAUCCGGACAUUCACCGUGGCCCCUCGAAUGCCUCGUCUGCAUAUUCCGCAGCGCAACACUCAGAAGGCUCUGAGGACAGCCGUCUCGCAGGAAUGCCUCCAGCUGCCAACUACUACGAUGACAACCCGUAUUACAAUGACAUUAAUGGGCAGCAAGGCCCAUACGGGGAUAACCCGUAUGGUGGUGCUCCACCUGUGAUCCGUGACGUCCAGGCUCGGCGUAACACGCGGAUCGAGAAUCCGUCCGUGUUCCCCAAGCAAGGAAACGCCGGUAUCGCGCAGAAUUUCUAG